UUACUUCACUACUUCCCUUUCCCCUUUCUUCCUCUUCUCCCAUAUAGAUUUAAUAAUUUGUGCCAUCAUCAUUUCUCUCCUUCUUUUCCCUUCUUGUGCCUUUUGUUUUCAUCUUUGAUUUCAGUCCAAAAACCCAUUUGGUUAAUUAAUUAAUUAAUUAAUUAUUAAUUAAAAGGGUUAAUAUAAUUUCCAAAAAUUCUCUUCUUAUUUUUCAGCAGAAAGUUUUCAUUUUCUUUGAAACUUGAUGCUGAAUUAUUCUUGUUUGUUCAUGUUUGACAUUCAUGUCUCCAGUUCUUAGUGAAAUCCUUCGUUCCGGUUUUAUGAUAAAUUCCUCCCUAAGGCGUAGAACUCAUCUUGUUCAAUCUUUCUCUGUUGUCUUCCUUUAUUGGUUCUAUGUUUUUUCGUAAAUCCCCUAACACCAUUGCAACAUUAUAUUAUACAUUAUUAUAAGCUAGUAAUAAAUAACAUAGUAUCAUUGUAAGUUAAGAAGUAUAUUAGUCAUUAAUUAUCCCUGUUUGUUCAAAGUCCCUAUUAGUAUUGUAUCUCCUUGAAAACUAAAAAAAAUUACAUAGAUCUUUUUCGUUUAUAUUAAAAUCAAGAUAAUUUGAUCGGCCAGACAAUAAAUCUGACCGAUCAAAAGAUACUAGAAUUAAUUUUGCUGAACAUAUUUUGAUCAUUAUGGCCUCAUUGAGUGAAAACUCGUCUACAUCUACCAAAUUUUGCGGCUCUGAAGAAGAUUUGCAGCUUCUGAUGGAUCAGAGGAAGAGGAAGAGAAAGCAGUCGAACCGCGAAUCGGCGAGGAGAUCUAGAAUGAGGAAGCAAAAGCACUUGGAUGACCUAGUUGCUGAAGUUGAGAAGCUUAAAAAGGAGAACAAUGAAAUCCUUAGCGGAGUUAAGAUCACAACAGAAAAGUUUCUGAAUAUUGAGGGAGAAAAUUCCAUCUUAAGGGUCCAAAUGAGUGAACUUACCAAAAGGCUUGAAUCACUCAAUCAUAUGCUUAGCUUCUUCAACAACAAUAACAACACCAUCACAAGCACUAGUACUAUUUUUGGUAGUGAAUUUUACCAUGAUUAUAAUUUCAUGAAUCAUCACAUUAACAUGUUGUGCCUUAACCAACCCAUCAUGGCAUCUUCAAAUAACAUGUUUGAGUGGAGUUGAGUCAUCAUAUUGUGGAAUUAUUGAGUGAAGGGGUGAAUAUUAAGAUAUUAUUAUAUUAAGUGGAAGAAGUUGCAAGAGGUUUUUUUUUUUUUUAAAUUCAUUUUGUUUCGUGCACAAACACAUUUUUUCCUUUUUUGAAAAAUUGUGUUUUUAUUUAGUGUACGAAAUAAAAAUGAAUCCAAAUAAUACAAAGCAUUUUCUAAUGUUUUGCAACAAGGAAAAACAAAAAGGGUGUCGGUGUAGUUGUACUAUUUUUCUUUUUUCUUUUU